AAGUAUUCUGUAAUUUAAAAAUUUUUUAAAAUGUACAUCUCAAGUUGGGCUCGAUGCUGUUUGGCGGCUCAACGGAUGCUGGUGCGCUGCAAGGCGGACUACUCAAAAACCAUUUGCAACCUGAAGAUCAACAAGGAGACCAAGGUAAUGGUGCAGGGCUUCACUGGUAAGCAGGCCACCUUCCACUCAACGGAGUCGAAGGCAUACGGCACUAAGAUUGUUGGUGGUGUAUCGCCCAAGAAGGGCGGCACCAAGCAUCUGGACGCGCCCGUGUUCAAGGACGUUAAGGAGGCCGUCAAGGAGCUGAAACCGGAUGCGACAGUCAUCUUCAUACCGCCACCAAAUGCUGCGCAUGGCAUUUGCGAGGCCAUUGAAAACGAGAUCGGUCUCAUUGUGGUCAUCACCGAGGGCAUUCCGCAAAUGGAUAUGGUGCGGAUUAUGCAAAUGCUCAAUUGUCAGGAAAAGUCGCGUCUGCUGGGUCCGAACUGUCCGGGAAUCAUAUCAGCAGAUCAGUGCAAGAUUGGCAUAAUGCCUGGUCACAUUCACAAGCGCGGCUUAGUUGGCAUCGUCUCCCGCUCCGGCACCCUAACCUAUGAGGCAGUCCAUCAGACAACGAAUGUCGGCUUGGGCCAGACUCUUUGCAUCGGCGUCGGCGGCGAUCCCUUUAAUGGUACAAAUUUCAUUGAUGCACUGAAAAUAUUUCUGCCCGACAAGGAAACCAAGGGCAUUAUCUUAAUCGGCGAGAUUGGCGGCACCGCCGAAGAGGAAGCUGCCGAAUAUCUCACCAAGCACAACACCGGCUGUGAGGCCAAGCCUGUGGUGGCCUUCAUAGCGGGCAUUACGGCGCCACCAGGACGUCGAAUGGGUCACGCGGGUGCCAUCAUAUCCGGCGGCAAGGGAGGCGCCGCCGACAAGCUGAAGGCACUCAAAGCUGCGGGCGUCGUCAUUGCCCUCAAUCCCUGCCACUUGGGCACGCUGCUACACGCGGAGAUGGUGCGCAAAAAGCUGAUCAGCGACAAAACGAGUAAGAAAUAAGAUGCAAGGAUCACUCGAUCUUGGCAAGCAUCGGCCUGAUUUCUGUCACUACGAUUCUAGACGUUUAUUUUAACUACACUAUACCAUACAUUAAGGCUAAGCGAUCAAAUACUGCUAGCAAAUAUUGAUUUUUUUGAGAUUGAAAUUGUUAUUA